AUGAGGCUACCUACAUACUUAGGUAUGCUUUUCAUCAAUUAUCGUAUGAACAGUACAGACCUUGAGGACACAAACCGUACAUAUGGACAGUUCGCAUCCGGAAAGACUUCACCGUUUGUCGGUAAUAACGUGGUGGAGAUCGGCCAUUUUUUAAUUGGCGAUGAUACCCGGCGCAUUUCGCCAGAACUUCUGCCGAUAUCUACCCUGUGGGUCGACCCCAGCGUCCUUCCCCACGAUCCUGUAGCGGGAUCUCGAGUCCUCUUCGCUGGAAACACCCUGUCCAGCUUACGGACCUGGCUUAUCCAGCGAGUACUGCAGUCAAACUUGUCUUACUCUAUCCAUCUUCCUUGGAGCAGGCAAUCCCAGUCCUUUCCCCGUCGGUUGGAGGCAUCUUCGCUUCCGCGAGCUGGGUACGCCGAGAUGCCGAGCCACGAUGUCGUUCGUCUCACCUUGCUCGAGAGGCUGCAGCUGCUGUACCUUGUUCCCAAAGCAGCCACGGCCGUCGCGGUCGAGUUCUGUCGGCGGACCCUCGUCUCCAUCCUCCAUGGCAAGCUGUUCGAUCUUCGCCAGCACAAGCGCAACUAUGCCGCCAGCGUGAUGCUCCUCAUGACAGGCAUACCGCCGCGACACCUUCGCUGGCUGAGGCCGCUGACCACUGGUGACGUUGUGAAGAGCUACUGCGCCACCAACAGGAUAUCCCACGAGGCGGUGACGCUACCUGAUACCGACGGUCUUGCACCCCCGGCCACGCUUCACUUCGUCGGAUCAAAGUCGACGGACUCGGAAGGCGAUGUAUUCGUGUGGUUCCACGGCGGCGGAUAUAUCGCGCCAUUGCAAGGAUGUGGCACCGCCAGUCGCGCGGCAAAGGCGUGCAAUGGAAAGCUCGUCAUCUUAGAGUACCAGCUCGCCCCAGAGAACAAGUACCCGGGCCAACUGGCGCAAGCCAACGCUGCCCUCAGAUUCCUGCUGCGCUACCGGAGGAUGGGACAAAUUGUGAUCGGUGGCGAGUCUGGCGGCGGAAACCUCUUGCUCGCGUUGCUGGCACACCUUCAGAGCCCGAAACCUGGCCUGACGGCUGUCACUGCCGAGGGAAACCUUCGCGGCCUUUUAGCCGUCAGCCCCAGGACGAGAAACCAAGCAGUCACUGCGAGCUACGACACCAACAAAUGGAAGGAUUGUCUAGGCCGGAGGAGCUUGCGUGUGAUCACGGGACACUGGCAGCCAAAAGAUGAUGUAUGGGCGGGCCCGGACACCGCCGAAGUGAGCUUCUGGGAUGGCCUGAGGGCAGACAAGAUCAUCUUCAUCGCGGGAGGGGAUGAGGUAUAUCGAGAUGAUGUCGUAGAUACUGCCGGCACAAUUACGCAAGCUGUCGGCGCGGAUCGGGUACAGCUCGUGAUUUGCCCUGGGGAGAUGCACGUGCAGGCAUCCCUGGACUUGGCUAUGGGCAUCGAGGAUGGGCUGACGCUCAAGGCCAUUGUAGAUUGCCUAGCGACGUUACCUUGA